AUGCAUAUCCUCUCUGAGCCAGAUGUGACCCGUGUCUUCCGGGGUUUAACACAAAAGCAAUGCCACGAAUUUAUCAGCGCCCUUGGUAACGCACUCACAGUAUACUCUGCUGAAUCCAAACCGACAAUCCCAGCAUCAGAGAAAUUGAUCCAUCAACCCCUUCGCACGGUCUUCGCAACCAGGGACAACAACUCCUGUAUUUUCAUGCCGAUCUCCGACACUGCCAGUACAGCCGUUAAAGUCGUUACGGUUGGAAGGAAUGGAAUCCAGGGAACGAUCAAUGUCUUCUCCCCUGAAGGCCGAUUACUUGGUCUUCUCGCUGCAUCAGAAGUAACAGCGUUCCGCACAGCGCUAGCAACCAUGAUCCUUUUCGUACGCUGCAGCAGUCUUCACAAAGAGAACAUCCUCAUCAUUGGUUCAGGCCGUCAAGCCGAAUGGCACGCUCGUCUUGCAUUAUUACUUUACCCCGAUCUCAUCCGCCGCGUCACGUUCAUUAACCGUGGUCGCCAACGAUUGGACGAAAUGGAGGGCGAUGUAUUGAUUGACCUACGGAAACGCUACCCUCAAAUCACAUUCAGCACAUUUGCCAAAGAAGGAGCUGCGGAUUAUGAGGACCGGCUUCUGCAAGAAUUACAGGCCUCUGAUGUGAUUUUCAGCUGCACGCCAUCUACCGAGCCUAACUUUAGCUUUUCGGCCCUACAGUCAGCACCUAAGCAACGCUUUAUCUCACUUAUUGGAUCUUAUAAGCCACAUAUGCAUGAGAUUGAUACGGAGACUCUACUUUCGGGUGGAGGAAAAAUCUAUGUGGAUUCUAAAUCGGCUUGCUUGGAAGAGUCGGGCGAAUUGAUCACGGCAGGCAUUACUGAAGACCAGCUUUUGGAGAUGGGGGAUAUUCUUGGGGCACAAGGGUCAUCGGAUACAAUUGAGAUUCCGACUGAUUGUAAUGUGAUUUUUAAAUGCGUGGGAAUGGGGUUAAUGGAUCUUCUAGUUGGGAAGAAGUUGCUUGAUAUUGGAAAGGAGGAAGGUCUGGGGACAAAUGUUGAUGGGUUUUAG